AUGGCAGCGAGCAACAAUGUGAUUGUAUGCAUAAACCUCGUGGCCGUGAUCCUCUCAAUCCCGAUCAUCGGCGCCGGAAUCUGGCUAGCAAACGGCCAGGCAGACACCUGCGUCCAGUUUCUGCAGUGGCCCGUCAUCAUCCUCGGAGUUCUCAUCUUGGUGGUGGCUCUCGCAGGUUGCAUUGGAGCCUUUUUCAGAAUCACCUGGCUCCUCGUAGUGUACCUCGUUGUCAUGCUCGUGCUGGUGAUACUUUUAGUCUGUCUGGUGGGCUUUGUUUACAUGGUCACGCUUCGAGGUCAUGGCAACAUUGAAGCUGACAGAGCUUACUUGCAAUAUCAUAUGAACGACUUUUCUGGGUUCCUUCGUCGAAGGGUUAGAAGCUCCUUCAAGUGGGAUCGCAUCAGAAGCUGCAUUAGCCAAACCAACGUGUGUGCUGAACUCAGCCAGAGUUACAGAAUGGCCGAGGACUUUUUCAACGCACAUCUAACGCCCAUGCAGUCAGGGUGUUGCAGGCCACCAACGCAAUGUGGGUAUACGUUUGUGAACCCAACCUAUUGGAUUAGAGCGUUCAACCUAGGAGCAGAUAUGGAUUGUCUGCAAUGGAGCAACGAUCAAACACAACUUUGCUACAACUGUGACUCGUGCAAGGGUGGUUUAUUGGCUAAUCUUAGGAAGGAGUGGAAAAGGGCCAAUGUGAUAUUAAUCAUCACAGUCAUUGUUCUAAUUGUGGUGUAUUUGGUAGGGUGCUGUGCCUUUAGGAAUGCCAAAACUGAGGACCUCUUCCGCAAGUACAAACAGGGGUAUACUUGAGAAGGUUCUGUGUGUUUUUGUUCAAGUUGAUUAGUGGUAAAGUUUCUUACUGAACAGUUUGUGGUGAUGAAAUUGGGUGACUUAGUUUAAAACAAUUAUUUGAGGCUAUGUUUAGAAAAACAUAAUGCAUGUAUGAAUUUGUCUCUUACUUAUUUUAGCAGAAAAAAGAUGGUUGGUUUUUUGUGGGGUGUGUUGAUUAAGGUUGAAAGUUGAUAAUGUAAGGGUGUUAAGAGGUGAGCGUGAUUUGUGGAGGAGAGCACCGAAAGCUGAAUACUCGACUACCGAGGCAGCAGUUACAUUGGCCUUGAAUCAUUUAAAAUGUAUACUACUUCGAGGGAUUUUGGCGCUCCAAAAA